CUGCCGCCCAGAACAGAAUGCCUUACUAGUACGGUAGAUUCUGCGACGUCGGAGAGAGGUUGUCACAUUGCUUAUUCAUGCCACGAGACAGAAGAAAUCAACGCUACAUCGAAGACCACCAAAAGACUUUCAUUAUACGAGAGCAACACGAAGACAUAGGAAUCGACCGCACGCGGCAGCUGCAAGAAUUCUCAGGUUGACACGGAAAGAUGUCAGCCGCAGCAAUGGCGAGCACAAUCGGAGCGAUCUCGGACAACGUUGUCAGUGAUCGUGAUCUUCUCACGCUAGGAGCAUACGCAAACUCCCGCAAUGAUCAACUAAUCAACAUCAAUGGCGGGACAAGCCAUUCACUUCUUCCCGCCUUAACGGCAUGGCAGCAGCAGCCCGAAACAAGCGCUUCUGUGCCGAUGCAAACAUUCACCGUGCCGAAUACUACCCAAUACCCCGCGAUGGUGCAACAGAUUUCUGCUGCUCAUACACAGCAACAAAUCAUCAACAAUCUACAACCCAUGGCAAUCCCGGCGAUAGGAAUACCGAUCGUACCGACAGACGCCCUACAGCAAAAUUUAUUUGUUCAGCAGCAACAGCAACAGCAACACAUCCAACAAUUACAGCAGCAGUUGCACUUGGAGCAAUUGAAACAGGUUCAGCAGCAAAUGCAAUAUCCAGCUGUUCCCAUUUCACAACAAAUGCCGGUCGUGGCAUCGCCUAUACCGAUUAUUCACAAUCUCAUCCCCGAGAAUCUCCAAGCAUCUGCGUUGGCAGCAUCGAUGAACGGCACCGCUGGCUACGCUCCGGCAUUGAUUCUUCCCGUGAACAACAACCAAAAGUACGUAAAUGCCCUGAACAACAUGAUGAUGCUAGCGGCAGCAACAUCCUUGUCCUCGAACAAUGCCGCGGCGGUUGCCGCGGCGACGCAGCUCAUUCCGCAGCAGCAAUAUUUUCAGCAGGAGCAACAGCAACAGCAGCAGCAGCAGCAGCCGAUAGUGUCGAUACCAUUGACGGUGCAAGAACUGCCCUCGGUGUUGACCCCCGUGUUCAACGGUGUCAACCUUGCGUAUCCCGGCGUCGAACCACUCGGAGUCGAUCCCCCCAUCUACCUGGUUCGCGAUUUUUUGACGCACGCCGAGUGUGAUUUUUUGAUCCAGGCGGCGGAAGGGGCAUGGCAACCGGCACCAGUAGUGGGAAAGGGCGCGGGAGAGAUUUCUCCCAGUCGGACCUCUUCCACGUGUUUCUUGGCGCGGGAAGACCUCACGGAUUACAUGACGAAAGUCUCUGCCCUGACUUCCAAACCGGUGGAUCACUGCGAGCUUCCGCAAGUGGGGAGAUACCUGCCAACCCAGCAGUACCGGCACGUGAGUAACAUCAUUUGCGAUGUUCGUGUAGGGUGACUCGUUUGGACCGAUUGUGUAGCAUUUGCGAGAAAAAGUUCAAAAGUACAUUAUUCGAGCGCUUUCUGUGCGACACUGUACAAGCGCAGAACUUUCAUUUCGAUGCUGUGAUACGUUGUUUUUUGGUCUCACCGCGUUCUUUUUUCUUCCAAUCACACACCAACCAUUUCUACGACAGCACUCCGACGCGUUCGACCUGAGCAACGAAGACGGGCGACGCUUCGCCGAGAACGGUGGCCAGCGUGUCGUGACGGUCCUGGUGUACCUCAACGACUGCGCCCAGGGUGGCCAGACCGACUUUCCCGUGAUGAACCUAAAGGUCUCGCCUCGCAAGGGUACGGCCGUGGUCUUUUUUCCGGCGACCGUGGACGGCUACCUGGACAAGCGGGCCCUCCACGCAGCCCUGCCGGCCGUCGACACCAAGUACGUUUCGCAGGUGUGGAUCCGGCAGCACGCCUACACCGGAUCGCCCACCAAGAGGCUGGCGCAGCCCAUGAUCAACGUGUCCUAUUCGUAGCACCAUUGAUUCCCGAAAAGGAGCCGAGAAACCAGUCGAAGCGCGGAUGAAAACGACGCGAAACCAUUGCCACCACCCGUGGACGGCACCGCGAGCAAGGGAACGACCGAGGGUUCAAACGCGCGUACGACAGGGACUGUCCGUCGGGGAGUCGUACCGGCUACCACCGUUUCCCACGAAUCGACCACGGGCCGAGAGUUUUGUGGGAGGAGACACAGAAAGAGCUAUGCACAUGCCGGGGAGAACCCAUUUCGGGUUCGAGCACGCGGCGUCGCUUUCGCCGCUACCGGUAUCCAACGAGGCCCACGAAAACGGUGCUCGUUGCCCGAUGCACCCGUGCCUGCUCGCCAGGAGAGAAACAAACACCACUGGUUGGCACGAAUCGGUCGCCCGUAGACUCCUUGGUCGGACGUUUCCGCUUCCCGGUCGGAAUCUAGAAGGCUGCCGCGGUGUUCCACGAACGAAUGCGCCGAACGGAUCCCCUAUGGCUGCAACGAUAAAUACAACGAGUGUUACAAUGUAGAAUCAGUAGAUAGAGAAAACUAUUAAACCGCUUCCCCGCUC